UAAAUAAGUGUAAUUAGACAGUACUAUAUUUAUAAUCUAUUUGUGUCGAAAUUAACUGUACUCAUACAACAGAUCUAAUUUUCUGUUUGUCUUUCCAAUUUUUAAAUUAGCGUAAAUAAGUGUAAGUAUAUACGUUUGCGAUUACGUGUUACGGAAAAAAAUGCGACGAAGCAAACGGAAAUCCGGUGCAAAAGGAAAGAAGGCAGAAAAAGACGAAACGGACGACUCUUUGACCCCCAACGAAGAAGUGGAUUCACAAGAAUCUACAGCAGAAGAAGGUAUGGAAAGGUCAAGUGACUCGGAAAACAACACACAGGAAAAUUCUGAAGUUGCUGCCAAUGAUGAAACAGAAAAACAAGUUGUAAAAAGCACUGAAGAAAC